GUUUUUUAGUAUUAGUAGCCACAUCUUCUCAUUCCUGUGCCUAUGAUUUAGAUACUGACGGCUGCUGCUGAAAAUGCGAAGAGGAAAGUCCCAGAAGAAUGUAACUUGUCUGAGAUGAAAUGGCAUCCCGAUCCGCGCCCAGAACACCGGGGAAGUCUCCCUCCCAGCGGGCAGGUAGGCCGACCCCUGGGGGUAUCGGUCAUGGGGCUGGCGAAGGUGCAGCCUCCAGACCUGUGAAGAAACCCUCCGAUAGACUGAACCCCAAAACUAUUGACCCUUUCAAGGAAUCCAAGAAUCCGAAGUCUGCCUUUGCAAGUGUCUAUGCCAGUGGAGGCAUUCCAUGCAGACUGGUCCACGGAUCGGUGAAGCACAAGCUGCAGUGGGAUUCCAACCCAUCUGACCUGCCCUUUGACCCCUUGUUGGUGACCCUAGCCGAGGGUCUCCAAGAGUUUAAGCAUCCCUAUCAGUUUGUUGCUCAGCAAGGGUUUAAGGAGCUGUUGGAGGUUCCUGAUGCGAGCGUCAAGGCCUCGGUGGUCCUGCCAAGAAUCAUCGUCCCUCUCAGAACUGCCUUGGGUUCAUCCAAUGAGUCGGUAUUUGUAGGAGCUGUGGCUGCCCUCGUCCAUCUCAGCAUUGCGGUGGGACCUCAGCUUAAUCCCUACCUCAAGUCGGUGCUCAGUUAUCUGUCCAAGAAAUUGAUGGAUAAGAAUUACAAGGAAUCUAUCACAACAGCUCUGCAACAGAUCGAGCAAGCCUGUGGCAAGGAAAGCCAGGCAAUUAUCAAAUCAAAGAUCCCUACCUAUUCGUCCAUCUUAUGAUGAAGGGUCAGAAGUCGUGUGCCAUUGUACAUAUGCUUCAGAGCAGCUGCUGUAAUUGUGUAAGAGGUAGAUGCAGUGUGGUGAGGACAGAAAGAGUUACCAGUCACAACAAAAGACCAUCAGCCGAA